AUGGCGACCAUGUCUGACACGAAUAGCGUGUACUCGCCGGUUCAGGAGGCAGGUCGAAUCUUUUCCUUGCUAUGUGGUCAAGCAGAACGACUCAAUCUGCCCGUUGAGGUUGUAGAGAAGAAAGAUGCCGUGUCUUUCUACUCUUCCUACGACGAAAUCUAUUAUCCAAUCCCCUUUAAGGAGACAGAGACCUUAGCGGCCUUGAAGGGUGUCGAGGGAUCUGUGGCCGCUGCUAUUGCGGAUUUGCGUUACGGACCCUCCCCCCAAUCUCGAAAAGUCAGGGUCAGUUUGGAGCGGGCCAUGGCAUUUGGUUCCCAGGCGUAUAUGGCUAGAGUGGACGGGUUGUCGAAGUUGGAUCCGGAAGUUAAGAAGAAACUGAAAGAUACUGAUUUGUUUGCGGCGCAAUCGAAUGGCUACCGUCGGAUGUCUGCGAAUCUGUACAAGACCAAGAACGAAGGGGAGUUCUUCCAUAUCCACGGUUCCCUCGAGGCCACGACCACGCUGAAUAUGAUCGGCUUGGAUGGCCAUCGACCAGAUCUGACGGAUUACGAGGAUAUCAUCAAGGUUAUCGAGAGCCGCGUGCAGAAGUACAGUGCUGCGGAGUUAGAGGUGAUGAAUGCCGAGAGGAGACAAGCCGGCGUGACGGCGUUUACAUAUGAAGACUUUAUCAAGACACCACAUGGAAAACUCAACGUGCAACAGCCGCCAUGGAAAGUGUCCAGUCUCAGUGGUGAUUGUCCUCCCACACCCUUCCCUUCCGUCCGUGACGGCAGCCAGAAGAUCCUAGAAGGCGUAAAAGUCCUCGAUCUCUGUCGCAUCAUCGCUGGCCCUACUAUUGCUCGCAUCUUGACGGAGUACGGAGCCGACGUUCUGAAGAUCACCAGCCCGAACCUCCCCGACGUGCCAUUCUUCCAGUUGGAUGGAAAUAUGGGCAAGCAUGCUGCUGAUCUUGAUCUAAAGACCGAAGACGGUCGUCGCCAAUUUGAAGAAUUGCUAGCCGAUGUAGACGUUCUUGUGGACGGAUAUCGUCCUGGGGCACUUGAAAAUCUAGGCUACGGCCCCGAUGUGCUUUCAGCGCUGGCCGAGAAACGGGGGAAAGGGAUUGUGUAUGUGAGUGAGAAUUGCUUCGGGUAUGAAGGGGAAUGGGCUGGCCGCCCAGGCUGGCAGCAAAUUGCAGAUUGUGUCACUGGUGUAGCAUGGGCCCAGGGACAGUUCAUGGGCCGUUCAACGCCUAUGGUGCCCCCUUUCCCCAUAUCUGAUUACGGCACAGGUUGUAUGGGCGCGAUUGCAGCCUUAACCGGACUUUAUCUUCGGGCAAAGAAUGGCGGCUCCUACCACGGCAAAGCUUCCUUGAUGCACUACGACCUACUACUCUUCGCUGCGGGGAAGUACAGCGAGGCAGUCCAGGAGAAGAUGCGUGCGGCGCUGCCUCCCGAAUUCUUCAAACUGCGCCACUGCGAUAGCGUAGACCGCAUUUCCUCGACCGCCCUGAAGAUCAUGCGGACUCACUUUCCUCACCUCUACGCGGCUGGCGCUGAGGCGGGAGAGGAUGCCUUGACGGAGAAAUGGUACUCCAAAGCAUACAAUGCAGACAUUGAAGUGGUUCGACCAGUCUGUGAGAUCGACGGCGUGGACAACCAGUUCGUCCGGGCUAGUCGACCCAAUGGGUACGAUAGGCCGAAUUGGACGGACUUUAAGAGGGAGGAGGAUUACAAGAAGUGA